AUGCACGCAGAGGGGUUAAACGCUAGGGGGGGGCGUGGGCGUUCCAUUGUUGACGGCAGAUGGAGAGGCGGGCGAAAAGAUCAUCGCGGAGACGGGGGAUGUGGAUGGAAUGUGGUAGAGGGAGAACACUUACGGGUCGUAGGCAGUAGGUACCGUGCAACGGAGCCGGGGACAGGGUGGGUGGGAGAGAGAGCUUGCGCCCGAGGCGGAUAGUCGCAUCUACGGUUGUUUGUUCCUACAGGCUUGACGAGUCCUGUAGGCCGAUUGUCUGCAAUGGGUGUCGGUGAGUCGUGUCUUGGUGUUCAUGUGAAGGAGUAUUCUACUUCGAAUGUUGCAUCCGUCUCGUCGCAUCCACAGCCGAUUAUUUCCUAGUAUGAUAGACACGAUUUCUGUCCUACUUUCGCAAUCUCGAUGCCACACACGUGAGUAGACCACAGGCCUCUUCAGACGAAGAUUGGUGCCUAUACGCUAAGACGAAGAAAAAAACAGGAACAGGCCAAACCCCUGAGAGGGGUUGGCGCCCAUUGUAUAUGUAAGAACAUUCAACUCACUAACCGUAACAAAUCCAUUACAGAAUCAUCAGACAAUUCGCACGCGGAGGCCUCUGACGUGUGCACAACAAGUUGAGUCCACCAAACGCCAAGGAAUGAGACAAUUCAUGAAACUACGUGGCGAACAAAACCAAGCACAGCCGGACCAAAACGGGGGUCCUAGGAAAGCGCCUGUAUAAAAUGUCGUGCAGUUACGAGGACGGGCUUGUGGCGUGGAUUGUCUCAUCUACCGAAAAUGCCAAUUACCACCACCUCGGCCCUUGAACCCAGAUACCUAUCGUUGCACCACACUAGUCAACCCCUCCCGACCCUUUCCCGGAAUGUUGAACUGCUUCCAACCACAUCGAGGGUUAUCUUCCAGGAUGAUUUGGUGAUGAGACGCCAUCCAUCCAGGGAACGUGGCAGGUGGCCGUACAUGCUGUAUGUAGCCUGUUCUAAGCAACGGGCGGGUUUGGCAACGAUGUCGUUAUACGAAUCAACGUUUCUGGCCUCUCCCAUUGGGAAGGGUCAGUCCUAGGCGGGAGGCGCCUCGGCAGCGGUAUCCAGGACAUGUGAUGAAUAGAACGAGUAGCCGGUAGAACGCCGUGGGAGUUCAACGGGCAUGGGUCUUCCUCUUGGAAGUCCCCACGCGAUUCGGAAAAAGCCUAAACCCUCGCUCGUGCUAACGGGUUCAGUGUACUUGUUCACGUCUACGUCUGCAUCAACGACUUUUCCGGUAUCUUUCUCUGCUCCUUUGCUGACGCCGCCGAAACCGGGAGUAUCGCAACCUCCGCCAGCCUCGUGUCCAACGGCGAACGAGCUAGGACGACGCCGUGGCACUGUGCUCUCAGUAGGCCUCCACGUGUGCCCAGACACCGGACCGAAAGUGCGCCGGCGAGUGCUGCCUUCUUGUUCGGUUCCGCGAAGCUCGUUCGACAGUAGGUCAAGACUCCCGUCCUUCUCGCCGUUGGAAUGAUCAUUCCUCUUGUGGCGGUUGGCGUCGUGUCCGUCUUUUGGCAUUAAUCUUCCAUCAGUGGCGUCACCAGCAUCCAUCAACUGUUCAACAGCGGGAAACUUGCUCCGCUUGCGGUGGGGCAGGUAGAUUUCGACUGGUUUCAGGCGGCUUAAGCUCCAUGUCCGGCUACCACCCACGAGGUUGUUGCUGUUGCCCACCAUGUCUUCCGCAAGGACUCUUGAGGCCUGCGAACCUGCCCCAUUUGCGCAUAGUGUGUAGGAAUCUGGCGCCGACGAAUCAAGAACCUUGCUCUGGGCCAAUUCGAAGGGCUGCCUUCGUUCCUCUUCAGGUGGACCCUCACAAAUGCUUGACUGGUCUCCUGCCCUGGAAGACGAACUCCCUCCGGUUUCUCGAAGGAGGCCCGCCUCGGCAGGUAAUGUUUCACUCCAAAGCUCGAGCGUUCCCCCCUCUACCAUGUCCGACCACC